CCGGCAAUUGCUGGCCCGAAGCUUUGUUCGCUCUCGCAACUGCAUAAGCACGACGCUGCUGCCAACGACGACGAUCAGUACGCUUUUUGUGCUCAGCCGACAACGUCGUGUGCCGUGCCGCCUCCCUCCAGCAAACAAGAGAUCGUGCGCUAGCUUCACCCCAGCAACAAUGUCCACACAGAAACAAGCGCAUUGGUAUUUUGGUGGCAUCGCCAGCGUGGGCGCCGCAUGCACCACACAUCCUUUGGAUCUGCUCAAGGUCACGCUGCAAACGCAACAAGGAAAUCUCUCUGUGGUUAAUCUAAUAUCGAAAAUUGUCAAGGAGCAAGGUGUCCUUGCCUUCUACAAUGGUCUGUCCGCCUCAGUGCUGCGCCAGAUGACAUAUUCCACGACAAGAUUUGGCGCCUAUGAGGUGGGCAAGGAUCACAUCAGUACGGACACGUUCACGGGUAAAAUUACCUUGGCAGGCCUAUCAGGCAUGAUUGGUGGCAUUUUCGGCACACCCGCCGACAUGAUAAACGUGCGCAUGCAAAACGAUGUCAAACUGUCGCCAGAGCAACGCAGAAAUUACAAGCACGCCAUCGAUGGGCUCAUCAAGGUGUAUCAAAAGGAGGGCUUCAAGAAACUCUUCUCAGGCGGCACAACAGCAACGGCACGCGGUGUCUUCAUGACCAUUGGCCAGAUUGCAUUCUACGAUCAGAUCAAGAGUAUGUUGCUGUCGACACCCUACUUUAAGGAUAAUCUAGUAACGCAUUUCUCCGCCUCGCUAAUGGCUGGCGCCAUCGCGACAACGUUAACCCAACCGAUGGAUGUGCUCAAGACGCGCACCAUGAAUGCCAAACCGGGAGAGUACAAGAAUCUGUGGGAUGUUGUACGGCAUACAGCGAAGCUGGGUCCACUCGGCUUCUUUAAGGGCUAUGUGCCGGCAUUUGUCCGGCUUGGGCCUCAAACUAUACUGACAUUUAUGUUCCUGGAGCAGUUGCGAUUAAACUUUGGCUAUGUGAAGGGCAGUCAAAACACGGCUAAACUUGGUUAAGAGAGUAGUGAUAACAUUCCAGCCGCAAAAUACUUACUAUUGAACUAGGCUACAAGAUUUAAUUUAAGACAUGGCCAAUAAUUGUUAACGACAAUUGUUUUUGUAUAUAAAUUACCAAUUUUCAAUGCUGGUUCCGCAAUCAUUUUAUAGAUUUAACAAAAUGUUAUCCAAAUUGUAUCGAAAUAUCAACUAAGAACAUUAAAUGCUAAUUGUUGCUUCCGUAUAAAUUAAAUAAGCAAUUUUAUUGUAGAUCCUCUAAGCUAGAUUAAAACGGACAAAUCCCA